UGUCCAAACGAAAGCACAUGUAGAAGAAGAGCUACUUUGAUCACGUUUCUACCCUAUGGUUUCUACUGUGUCUGAGUAUAUGAAGUAGUUUUCUGGUUCAAAAUAAGGUUGUCGUCGACGGUGUUGGGUUGCCAUGGCAUCACGAGCAGGGCCGCGCGCCUCAGGAACAGACGGCAGCGACUUUCAGCACCGCGAGCGCGUGGCGGCACAUUACCAGAUGAGUGUGGCCCUGAAGUCUGAGAUCAAGAAGCUGAACAUCGCUCAUGCAGUGGUCUGGUUUCUUGUAGCAGCACAGGUGGUGGUCAACCAGCUGAACCUGGUAUCCCAUAAAGUGGUGGCCUCUCCAUACCAAUGGGAGUACACAUAUCUUCUGAGCAUCAUACCUACAGUCUUCAGCUUCAUGGCUUUGCCGAAAAACAACAUCAGUUACCUGGUCAUCUCAAUGAUCAGCGCUGGGCUUUUUUGUGUGGCUCCUAUUCUUUAUGGAGGGAUGGAGAUGUUUCCAGUGGCUCAGCAGCUUUAUCGCCACGGCAAAGCUUAUAGGUACAUCUUUGGCUUCUCUGCCGUGUCUGUAAUGUACUUAGUCUUGAUUAUUUCAGUUCAAAUACAUGGCUGGCAGAUCUACUACAGCAAAAAGCUGCUGGAUGCCUGGUUCACCAACACACAAGAGAAAAAGAAGAAAUAAGAGACUGCUGGAGAGUAGAUGUCUGUCAGCUUCUUCUCUGUGUCUUUGUUUCCUGAGGGCUCUUUGAUCACAUACGUUUUUAUGAUUACCUGACUAACUAAUUUGAGCCUAUGAAGAGAUCAGAUUUGUUAAACCAGGAUCUUCUGUUCUUCCCACCCACUGGCUCGCGGCCCAGAUUCUGAUUAGGUCUGAACUUCUGCCUUUGUAAUCUCUGUCUGUCUGCCACCAUGUUUUCCACAUGCUGUGUAACAUAUCCUGUUCCUCCACAAGGGACGUCCCUGCAGUUGCACCUCAUUGCAGUACACGAGAUCCAGGGGGAGGAGUUGGAUCCAGAUCUAAGGGGUGGAGAUGGGUAGGAUUAGUGGUGGGGAUAGGAAUCAGAGGACGGAGAUGAGUAGGUUUAGGUAUAUGUAAGGUGGGAGGAGUUGGAGCUGGAUCCAACUCCUCCCCCUGGACUUCGUGUUCUGCAGUGAGGACCAUCUCCAUCCCUGGGAAAUAUAUCUUCAGUUAUGAAACCCACGGCAAAGUUAUCCAUUUACUACAGUAAUGUAUGUAAGACAGUCUGCUCUUUUCCACGAAUCAUCUUGCAAUUAAAAUAUUACAAUAUGUAUA